AUGUUGCCAACCGAGAUCUCAGGAGGAGUGUGUUUCACCUCAAGCGAUCACACUGAGGGAAGGAGAGAAGGGAUGAAAACAGAGGAAAGCCAGCAGUCCUGUCUGCAGCAGCCACCAUCCUCAACGCCUUUUGGUCCGGAGUACAGGGGAGGGGGAGAGUUGUGUGCGGGCUGCGAGUCUCCCAUCGCCGACCGCUUCCUACUGCGCGUGAACGAGCGCUCCUGGCACGAGACCUGUGUCAAGUGCGCCGUGUGUUUGAGCGCGCUCACCGGGACCUGUUACUGCAGGGACCGCCUGCUGUACUGCAAGCACGACUAUGAAAAGCUGUUUGUAAGAAAGUGCAGCGGCUGCCUGCAGGUGAUUGGACGUUCAGAGCUGAUCAUGCGUGUGCAAGGCCAGGUGUAUCACCUGGGCUGUUUCACUUGCUGUGAGUGUGAACGCCGGCUGCAAAGAGGUGAUGAGUUUGUGCUGAAAGAAGGCCAGCUGCUCUGCCGCAUGGACUAUGAGAAGGAGAGGGAAAUGCUGGCUGCUAUUAGUCCCACACCAACUGAAUCAGUAAAAAGUGAGGAUGAGGAUGGUGGAGGAGGCUCCGGCGGGGGGAAAGGUGGUGAUGAAAGCAAAGAGCACAAGCGUUCAAAACGACCACGAACCAUCUUGACAACACAGCAGCGUCGUGCUUUCAAGGCCUCCUUUGAAGUGUCUGCUAAGCCUUGCCGCAAGGUGAGAGAGACACUGGCUGCUGAGACUGGACUCACAGUGCGCGUUGUGCAGGUGUGGUUUCAAAACCAGAGAGCCAAGAUGAAAAAGAUAGCUCGCAGACAGCAGCAACAGCAGCAGCAGCAGCAGGAACAAGAGCAGCUGGGAGGGACCAGGAGAGGACCAAGUAGAGGGGGCCGCCAAAGCAAUGACGACAGUGAGGAUGGCUCUAGUACCCAUGGCAUGGAUGGGAUAUUGGGGUAUCCUUCGCUGCCACGCCAGCAGCUACUCGCUCUGGACCCCAACAUCUACGGUGGAGAGCCAUUUAGACAUGGGCUUACACCGCCUCAGCUGAACAGUGAGCAGCUCCACUCCUAUGAUUCAGAGACAGUGUUCCAUGAUCUGGACAGCGAUGGAAGCCUCGGUCACCUUGGAGACUGCCUCUUAGCAACUGGGGACGGCAGUCUUCUGCCAGGGCGAGUGGGAAACCCCAUUGAUCGUCUCUACUCCAUGCAGAACUCCUACUUCACCUCCUGA